AUGAAGUUCGCGGAGCACCUUCGUGAGUGUGCUAUUCCUGAAUGGAGAGACAAGUAUGUUAAUUAUAAGCUUGGCAAGAAGAAGCUAAAGGCCUAUAAAGAAAGUAUUAAGGCUACGGCUGUUAGCGGAGGACGCAGUGGAGGACGAACCGGAAGCGUGGUGUCCGCAAGUUCUGAAUACCAUAAAGAAAAACAGCGUCUUGUUGACGAAUUUGUGAUGGGAUGGAUUGUUGGUGUAGAAUUAAAGAAAUGCGAUGAGUUCUACCAAUGGCAGCUACAAAGUUGUGGGCAUAAAUUUAACCAACUAAGGCAACAGAUCAAGAUAUAUUGCGAUCGAAAAAUGCAUAGAGAGUCGCGCUCAUAUGGUGCAACGCCUUUGUCGUCGGGAUCAUAUGAGGGAGCGGAAGAAAUGCGUCAGGAAGCGUCUCCACCUCCAGAUUUAGAGAAAGACCAGUCUUUAGUUGGUAUGCAAAUCGGAGAGAAGAUCCUGUCCUUUUUGAGGGAUAUGGAGCUUGUUCCAUGUAUGCCUGAACGAUGGAGACGGAAAAACAAGCCUACGUCGAGCCCUCAUUAUGCUCCACAUAUGGAGACUUUUACUGUGGAAAAUUUGACUCCUAGACAGAUAAGGGUACAGUUGUCGAAUGCUGUGUUGGAGUUCUAUAUGACGUUGCAGUUGCUGAAGAAUUAUCGUGAUUUAAACGUUACUGGGUUUAGGAAAAUUGUGAAGAAACUUGAUAAGGCAUGCCAAACAAAGGAGUUGAGCAAUUUUAUGGCCUAUGCCAACGAUCAUUCGCCUAUGUUCCAACACAUGGGGCAAAACCUUCAACUAUAUGCAAAAAACCUGCAGAAGGCGAAUUCGUUGCUCCUCCCGUCUACGCAGCUUGAUCUUCCUCAAGACAAAGAUCCGCUUACGUUCUGGGAAGGAAAAGUUUCAACUUGGUAUACCGAUACCUUAACAGAUUCUGCACAAGAUAGAAAACAUCACGUACAGAAAUUGAGAAAUCUAUCUCUGCAAUAUACUCUCAAUGAACAAAUGGUGCAUCAGACAAAUCGAUCUUUGAUGCAGAUGUUUUUUGGAGGUAAUGGUAUUGGUAUAGCGGUCGUUUUUAUUGCGUACACCCUUUAUCUAGGUAUUUCAUCAGACCUAGGCACGUACACGCAUACUAUAUUAUUCCCAGUAUGGGCGGGCAUGUAUUUGACGUUGUUGAUGGCAUUGUUUUUUUGCCUUGAUUGUUUUAUUUGGUUUAGAAGUAAAAUUAAUUUCCAAUUCAUUAUGUUCGGAGAACUGCAUUCAGGAAAGGGGUCAACAACAUUUAAUAAUGACUUCUCCUCUACAAGGAUCUCUGGCUAUAUCUUUUUGGUAGCAGUUGCUGCGGUUUUCUGUUCAGCUUUCGCGCUUGUCAGCUUUGAGAGGGAGCAGCUUAUUUGGUGGGUUGUGUGGGUAGCACUCUUUUUGUGUACUAUGGUGUGUCCUUUUAACAUAAUUCCUAAUUGGUAUUCAUUGAGACAAACUCGUCGCUCACUACUCGUCACCACUAUAAGGCUAGUUUUUGCUGGCGCUUUCCCGGUUAAGUUUGGAGAUUUUUUUCUCGGAGAUCUUGUUUGUUCAUUAACAUACUCCAUUGCUGAUUUUGCCACAGUGGGAUGCGUUUUUGCAGGCUCUCCUCAUCUUCAAUGUGGUUCUUCAAGCUUGAAAUCUAUGGGGAUUCUCUCUGCACUUCCUAGCUACUGGAGAUUGAUGCAAUGUGUCCGAAGAUUCUUGGAUUCAGAUGAUUGGUUUCCCCAUCUAUUAAAUGCAGGCAAAUAUUCCUUUGGCAUACUUUACAGCUUGGCCCUUUGCACAUAUAGAAUUUCCAUGAGGAGUGAGAGCAUGUCUUUGGUGACAUAUCGUACCCUCUUUAUUGUUAUUGCAUCACUUAACUCAAUUUAUACCUCAGUUUGGGAUCUCGUCAUGGAUUGGUCGUUAUUCCAAUUACAUUCACAAAAUCUGUUCCUUAGAGAUGACCUCUACCUUGCAGGUAAGCGUGACUGGCAGACUGGCAAGUAUCCCAAGAGAAAGAAGUCCUUCUAUUAUAUCUGCAUGAUAGUCGAUGUUUUGAUAAGGUUCCAAUGGAUCGUUUACGCUAUCACUACUACUCAGAUUCAGCAAAGUGCAGUCACUUCAUUUAUUCUUGCUGCAGUUGAAGUUUUCCGUAGGUUUAUAUGGGUUAUUUUCCGUGUGGAAAACGAACACGUUGCCAAUGUACACUUAUUCAAAAUAACUGGUGACACUCCAUUGCCUUUCCCAAUUUCCAACGCGUGUGCUAAAGAUAUUGAGAAUGAUAUCGAUGAAGAAGGGGCUUACCUAAAAAAGAAGGAUCCAACCUUAAAUGCUUUACAAGAACAAGAGAACAACGAACAGCCUAGACUAAGAAGAAAUUCCGUACUAAGUAUGAUAUCUUGGGCACAUGCUAAGGACUUCCAGAGACCGCCAUUAUCUGCCAGAAGUGCUACAGAAUACGACGAAGUGGACGACGACUAUGAUGAUUGA